AUGCUUAGCCUCUCCAUUGCUACGCCGGGAACGGCGGCGAUUUUCCGUCGAGGAUAUGCUUCUCCGACAUCAACUUCCUCUUCUUUCCAUGGCGUCAGAAUCCAGCACCAGGUUUCUGCUCGCGUGCCGGCGGCGACGGUGUCGUCGUCUCGUAAACCCUUGGUGGUGAUGAUGUCGAAAAGAGAGGCGGAAUUGAAAGAUAUCAGAGCGAAGACGACGGAGGAGCUUAACGAGGAGGUUAUUGACCUUAAAGGAGAGCUGUUCAUGCUCCGUCUCCAGAAAUCGGCAAGGAACGAGUUCAAAUCAAGCGAUUUUCGCCGAAUGAAGAAACAAAGCUUAGAGCUUGAGGUUUCAGGUCCUUGGAUCGAGCCUUGCACACAGCUUCUAAACGCGGUUUGA